AUGCUGGAGGCACUGGAGCAUAUCCAGGACGUCGGCGAGGCGCUCUGGGCGUGGAAGGACACCCUGAGCAACAGGGAGAGGACGAUCAUCCUCAAGGAGCAGAAAGAUUGGCAACGGACGGUGAGGAGGUGGGACCUCAUUCUUAGGCUGUGGCAUGAGAUGCAUACCUUUGGUGUGGCGCCUGACAACUCAACAUAUGGUACACUGAUCAAUGUGUGUUGCAAAGGGGGAAGAGGAUGGGUGACUUUGGUUUGGCUCGGAGACAUGUGCAAGCGUGGUCUGAUGCCUGAUGAGGUCACUGUGAGUAUUGUGAUGCAGGCGCAUAAGAAGGCUGGAGAGUAUGAAACAGCUGAGCUAUUCUUCAAAAGCUUAUAUACUUAUAACACCUUGAUUGAUACUUAUGGAAAAGCUGGUCAUCUUGAGAAAGUAUCAGAUACAUUCAACCAAAUGUUGAGAGAAGGUGUUGCGCCAAGCGUUGUCACAUUUAACUCAAUGAUCCAUGCUUGGGGUAAGCAUCACAGAAUGGAGCAAGUUGCUUCUUUGGGUCAAAUGAUGGAGGAUUUCCAGUGCUUUCCUGACACUAGGACUUACAAUAUACUGAUCUCACUGUACAGAGAAAGCAAUGAUAUUGAUAGUGCAGAGUACUACUACUGGAAGAUAAAAGCAGAAAACUUGGUACCAGAUGUUGUGAGCUGCCACACACUCUUAUAUGGAUACUCUAUCAAGGGCAUGGUCACUAAAGCGGAAGCCCUUCUAAAGGAAAUGGAUGAGAGGGGCGAUGAAUACACACAAUCUGCUUUGACAAGGAUGUAUGUAAAUGUUGGAAUGCUUGAGCAAGCUUGGUGUUGGUUUGACAGGUUCCAUCACCAUAUGAAUUCUGAAUGCUUUUCUGCAAAUAUUGAUGCAUUUGGAGAGAAAGGAUACAUAGUUCUUGCAGAGAAGGCUUUUAUAUGCUGCCAAAAGAAGAAGAUGCUCAGUGUUUCUGCGUGCAAUGUUAUGAUCAAAGCAUAUGGGUUGGUCGAGAAGCUUGAUGAGGCAUGUGAGAUAGCUGAUGGCAUGGAGAGGUGUGGCAUUUUGCCAGAUUACGUGACAUACAGUUCUCAUUCAACUUCUGUCAACUGUAAACGGCCAAAGAAGGCUAUUUACUACUUGGAAAAAAUGAAAGCGGUGAAAUUGCUAUCAGACUGUGUCCCAUACUCUGUGGUAAUUGGUAGCUUUGCUAAGAAUGGUGAUCUCUGA